ACAGACCCCCAUUACAACUUCCGUUUUUCAGUAGGGACGAUUGUAGUUCUGUGUAUUUUAGGGUGUAAAGUCUUUUUUUGCUGCCAGCCUGCCGUUUUUGGUGUACAGGUGCAUGCUUGGUAUCAAAAUGAUGGAAAUUGUCUAAGCUUUGGGCAGGUAUGAGUUUUAAUGGUGAAAGUUUGAAAUUCUGGGCGAGAGGACACAAGGAGACAGGUGGUGAUGAGGCUGCGAGUGACGUCCCCUUGGCGUUGCUAGGCACCCCUCCCAGCUGCCGGCAUGGAAAGGUCCAGAUUUUGACGGUCAACCUAUGUCAAGAUUUUUACAGCUUCUUUCUCACAGGCUGGGCCAGGUUAAAAAGUAUAGCUUUUCCCCUCUUCUUGGGUCCCUUCAACAUGUCUUGGGAGGGUUGCCUUGCUGACUGUCUGAAUGACCAAUGUGCAUGUACUGUGUGGCUUUAUUUUUAUAUACAUACCAGCUUUCCAAAACAUUUGACCUGGUUGAGAUAUUUUGAACGGUUAAAAAGUAUAGCUUUUCCCCUCUUCUUGGGUCCCUUCAACAUGUCUUGGGAGGGUUGCCUUGCUGACUGUCUGAAUGACCAAUGUGCAUGUACUGUGUGGCUUUAUUUUUAUAUACAUACCAGCUUUCCAAAACAUUUGACCUGGUUGAGAUAUUUUGAACGGGUGGAACGCACGUGA